UUAAAAGUAUUAUACUGAGAUGGCACAAGAUGAAAACUUACGAGUUAAGUCAAAGCCUUCCCCUGAGCUUACUACGACUUCUCAAUCUAUGGAGCCACCCAUGUCCAAAAUCUCCACCAUGAUUCCCACCACUUCAUGGUUUACACCCAAGAGGCUACUUGCUAUAUUUUGCGUGAUUAAUUUGUUAAACUAUUUGGAUCGAGGAGCAAUAGCAAGCAAUGGUGUUAAUGGAAGUAGGGGAACAUGCACCGAAGAUGGUACCUGCACUUCUGGUACAGGAAUACAGGGGGAUUUUAACUUGAACAAUUUUGAAGAUGGAGUUUUGUCAUCUGCUUUUUUGGUUGGACUUCUCGUGGCUUGUCCAAUAUUUGCUUCUCUGGCUAAGAGUGUGAACCCCUUUAGACUUAUAGGAGUUGGAUUGUCAGUUUGGACUCUUGCAACCUUAUGUUGUGGUCUUUCUUUUAAUUUCUGGUCCAUUUCAGUCUGUCGCAUGCUGGUUGGUUUUGGUGAGGCUUCAUUUAUAAGUCUUGCAGCACCUUUUAUUGAUGACAAUGCCCCAGUUGCUCAGAAAACAGCGUGGCUUGCAAUAUUUUACAUGUGUAUACCAACGGGAUAUGCACUUGGCUAUGUCUACGGUGGUUUGGUGGGAAGUUAUUUUGGUUGGCGUUAUGCAUUCUGGGUAGAGUCUGUAUUGAUGCUUCCAUUUGCUAUUUCAGGAUUUUUUAUGAAUCCUUUGCAGUUGAAAGGUUUUGUUUCUGCUGAUUCAGAAAAGGCACUGGCACCUGAAACAGUUUCCUCAGAAGUUCAAGUUACGGAUGCUUCAAAUGGAAAGGAUGAGUCACUGUCCUUAAAGGAAGAGUUCAGAGAUAAAAGCUCAAAUGACGGUUCCAAGUCAAAAUCCACAACCAAAAUCUUUGAUCAGUUCUCAAGAUUUUUGAAUGAUAUGAAAGAGCUUUUGCUUGAUGAGGUUUAUGUUGUCAAUGUUCUAGGUUACAUAGCAUACAACUUUGUCAUAGGUGCUUACUCAUAUUGGGGGCCCAAAGCUGGCUAUAAUAUAUACCACAUGACUGAUGCAGAUUUGAUAUUUGGAGGAAUUACAAUUUUUUGUGGAAUAGUGGGCACAUUGGCUGGAGGCUUCGUUCUAGAUUUUAUGACUAACACCUUAUCAAAUGCAUUUAAGCUUCUGUCAGUGACAACAUUUAUUGGUGCAGCAUUUUGUUUUGGCGCCUUCUUAUUCAGAAGCAUGUAUGGCUUCCUUGCUCUUUUCUCUAUUGGUGAACUUCUUGUUUUUGCCACUCAGGGUCCUGUGAAUUACGUAUGUCUUCGUUGUGUCAAACCAAGUUUGAGGCCACUAUCUAUGGCUUUGUCUACUGUUGCUAUUCAUGUCUUUGGAGAUGUACCUUCCUCACCUCUUGUUGGUGUUCUUCAGGAUAAUAUUAACAACUGGAGAACUACUGCUUUGAUUCUAACAGCCAUAUUGUUUCCUGCAGCUGGAAUAUGGUUUAUCGGAAUAUUUUUGCGUAGUGUGGAUAGAUUUAAUGAAGACAAUGAGCAUCAAGUAUCAACCGUCGAAAGUUCAGACACUAUGCCGUUGCUUCAAGAGAUGACUGGAGAGACAUCAGCAUCUCCUGCUCAAUCCCAAGAAUGUUGAUAUUCUUUUUCAUGUUUUUUUUUUUAAGUGUUUUAUUAAUCUCAUGUUAUAGGAGAGUAGUUAUUUCCUACCAUAGACACAAUUAUGGGUGGACUCACUUAUAAAAAAAAAUUGAGCUACAUGGAAAUCAAUAGGUGUUGGAAAGAAAGUUAUUUUCCAACAAUAUAAGAGUAGUUUUUUCUUUUUUUAAUGCAUGACAAAUUAUUUCGCCCAAGGAUAGCCACUAUAGUGUAAAUAGUUUUUUUUUAACAUUUAUUAUUUGUAUAAGUAUCUAUUUGC